UGAUGUAUACUCCGGGCACAUUAUAUGUCUCUGACGAUACUAAAUACGCUGAGGCGACUAUGGCUCCUGAUGCGCGUCCACUCCCACACAACCAAGCUCACACCCUUAAUCAGAUGAAUCCGGUUUGGAAUGUUCAAUAUGCAGAACAUGGCAAUCCCGUUACUUCAUACUCGGACCCCUCUCGUUGAUGAGAAUGAGGGGUCUUUGAUGAUUCCGCCCUUUAAACCGCCGCCACACGCCACCCAUUCCCUCGCUACUGCUGAUGCCGUCCAGUUCAUUGGCACGCCUAGGCGGACUGCGGAAUAUGGUCAUGCGAACUCUAUUAACCUCGGAAUUGUCGGAGGACCUCAUGGCUGUUGGAACACGCGAACCCUUUUUCGACUCGAGCGUAUGUCCGCCGUCAAACAUGGUUCCGCCACCUUCUCUGGAACCGUGUGGACACGUGCUUUCUGGGGGCAUUCCAACAUCCACAUGUCCCCCAAUUGCAUCGAACGUCGCUGAUGGCACCAUGGUGAACGCGGGGACAAUACCCAUCUCACUUGAUCGUCCCAUGCUCCGGCCUGGCGGAGGGGAUAAUCGUGAAAGGAUGGAUGGAAUUGACCACAAUUCCGACAACGCCCCCUACUCGGUGGCGCCAUCAUGGUCGCUUUCGGAUGCCUCUCGGUCACUGCCUCAUAAACUGCAACCAACACACAACAUCGGGAACCUUUCUAUACCUAAGAAGUCACCAAGAACUGACCGUUCCACUGGGCCCUCGACAAGCCUUCCAACAGCACCCAAACGCUGCGGCUGGCGGGACAACGACGGAAAGAUAUGUGACAUGCCUGUUACGUACAACAAUCUAGUACAUCAUUUCGCUGCCGUCCACGACAUCAAGGACAUGGCAUUCGAUGCCAUAAUCGAGUGUCGUUGGUGUCGUCCGGGAAACAGAAUGAAGCGGGAGAGCAUACUGAGACACCUCAGAGAGAAGCACUUGGGGUAUCCGCGCCGGAAGAACGGGGUUACGCGACUUUCCCUUCAGUUUCCUUCGAUGACCUCUUCACAUAGCGCCAUGAAUACGGGCACGCCGGUGGAAUCGCCAACGUUCGCUUUACCCUAUCUUCCUUAUCCUGUGUCCCCUAGUAGUGCUCUCUCCCCGCGUUCCUGCAACUUUUCAACUUCUGCAUCCUCGGUGGCCAUCCCGCCAACUUCGCCAUCCUUGUGGAAACAGAACGAGUAUAGUGUGCUAGAUUUCACGUCAAGCUGCGACUUUUAUCGCACAGAAGACUAGUAGCGUUCUAAGCUGCGUUAGAUACCUGCAGGACACCAGUCGGUGUCCGACAUUUUUUCCGACCCUCCCAAACCAUACAUUGGAAUAUGUACGCAAUUUUAUGAUUGACUUCUCACGUACUAUGCACAGCCCAACUGGAUCGAGUAGGCGAUUCACCUGAGAUAUCCCAGUAUCCCGGCGGUCGCCUAUACGAGUCGACAUGUAAUAGUUUCUACGUACUGAUUC